UCGGUUUGGUGGAAGAGUAAAGAUGGCGCCCACCCACGUAUUGAGAUGCUGUCAACGGGGCUUAGCUUGGAUACCUGUGAUUUUUAUCGCCCUAGUCGUAUGUUGGUCUUACUAUGCGUACGUCGUAGAGCUCUGCAUUUUCACCAUCCCCAGCAUAGCAGAAAAGAUCAUCUACAUGGUGUUCUUCCAUCUGUCCUUCGUCAUGUUUGUGUGGUCCUACUGGAAGACCAUCUUCACCAGGCCAGCCAAUCCCUCCAAAGAGUUCUGCUUGCCUAAGGCAGAGAAGGAGCAGUAUGUGAAGGAGGAGAGACCAGAGUCGCAGCAGGAGAUCCUGUGGAGGGCUACCGCUAACCUGCCCCUCUACACACGCACCGGGGCUGGAGCGAUCCGCUACUGUGACCGGUGUCAGGUGAUUAAACCAGACCGCUGCCACCACUGUUCUGCCUGCGACAUGUGUGUGCUGAAGAUGGACCAUCACUGCCCCUGGGUGAACAACUGUGUGGGAUUCUCCAACUACAAAUUCUUUAUUCUGUUCCUGUGCUACUCUCUGGUGUACUGUUUGUUCAUUGCAGCCACCGUACUGCAGUAUUUCAUCAAGUUCUGGACUCUUUGCCGGAGGAAAUCGGCAGAGAACUGCCCCAAGAAUGAGCUGCCAGACACUCACGCCAAAUUCCAUGUCUUGUUUCUCUUUUUUGUGGCGGCCAUGUUCUGCAUCAGCAUUCUCUCCCUCUUCAGCUACCACCUGUGGCUCGUAGGGAAGAACCGGUCCACCAUAGAGGCAUUCAGGGCUCCAGUGUUCAGAACAGGUUCUGAUAAGAACGGUUUCUCUCUGGGCUUUGGGAAGAACAUCGCCCAGGUGUUUGGAGACGAGAGGAAGUUCUGGCUGCUACCCAUCUUCACCAGUCAGGGUGAUGGACUGACGUUCCCAUCACGGCUUGUCAACAUUGACCCAGAACAGCCCACAGUCAGCUUGCAGCCAGAGGCCAAUAAAAGUAUUGAAGACGUCCCGGCCAGUCCUCUCAGCGAGUCUCAGAACCAUCUCCUUGGCAACGAGCAGCAUGCCAACAACGUCACAGAACACCUGGAGAAUGACACUGGGAGUGAGACCAUCACAAUCAUCAUGGAGAGGGAGUCAUAACAAGGAGAAGAAACCAGCCAUCUAAUACGAUGCCUUAAGUAUACCACCAUUUUUUCUUUUUUUUGGCACCAUGGAAACAGUCUCCCAACGCGUCCCUGUAGUUCCGAAAAUGUCACACUCAGCAUAACCAUGGAAACGGACUCCUUUCACGCAUCACCAUAGAUAUAGCCUUGUCUUUUAAUCAUCAGAAAGUUACACACACAACUAUUUAUGCAGUUGCACAGAAGAACCACGCACAGCCUACUGUAAGCAUAUUUUUAUUUUAGUUGACUGUGACCCGAUUGUCCACCCAGGACUGUUAAUGGAUCUCAGCAUCACUUGAUGAUGGCAGGAAAAGUAAUCAGUCUUCACACUUCAGAGUGGAGAAUGCCUGUGCCAAAAGCUGACAGACUGGGUGUUAAAUGGACCAGGGCUGAGGAAGGACCUGGACUGGGAGAAGACUAAAUCUGAGCUGGGAGGUACUGGGACAUAAUAAUUUUGUACAGAUUUUUCACCCAACGUUUAUAAAAUGGAUGUUAUGAAGCUGGAAGAUAUCACCAAGAAACCUAAUUUUGUUUACAAAUAAUUUAGGGGUGUUUGGUUUGUACUAUCGAUAGACGUUACAAAGGGUGCCUAAAAGACAACCUGGACUAUACAAAGAAGACCCAUUGGAGGGGAUGCUGGACUAAACCAAUUUUAAAGUGAAAUGGGGGGUCUCCAACCGGGUUUUGAUCAUGUCAUCACACAACAUGGCGCAUUUGCACUCUCAAGAUUACGUUUUAUUAUCCAUCAUGUUCUGCAUUCUUCAUGUCCAAAAACAGAUUAAGAAAGGUGUGUCCUUGAGUGGGUGUGUGUGUAGUCAGAUUUGUGAAGAGGGAAAGAGGGAGUGUCUGCAUGAGUGUGUAUGUAGGCAGAUUGGUAGGACAGAGAGAGAGAGAGAGAGAGAGAGUGUGUGCGUGCGUGCAGGCAGGUGCUUGCUGUAACUAACAGCCUAGAAGGAUCAGCUUCAGAUUUUAGUUGAUGGAUGGAUGGAUUGAUAGUUUGGUUUACAUUCAUUCCCAAGCUGCUGAAGGGUGUCUUAUGUGAGAGUAUACAGUAUAGCCUCAAGCUCCUCAACCAGUUCUAGCUCAUGGUCAAGUUAUUACACGUUGAUCAAUGAUUAUUUUUAACGUAUCAGAGACUACAACCUUGAACAUCACUUUUCUGAAGGCUGUGUCUGAAAUUACACCCUAUUUCUCCAUAUAGUGUACUUUUGACCAGAGCUAUGUAGGGUUUGUGGUUAAACUUGUUUGUUAUAUGGGGAAUAGGCUGUGAUUUGAGAUCAGCCCGAGGUCACCAUUCAUUGCCAAAUAAAGGGCUGACCAAUCAGCUGCUCUGACCUCUGAACUGGGAGUGUUUACAACACCAGAUACCAUAGAAUUAGAAUCAUAGACCAUUGAAUGGGAAUGUCCAUUUUAGUAUUCUAGUCAUUCUAGUUCUAUGCUUGAUACAUCUCUGCUCUCAUGUCAUUGGCCUGUGUCAUGGAAACCAAAUUAAACUGCUUAUCGUUGUGACUUGAUGUUUUUAAGGUUUACCCAUAUGUGCCCAGUGCCUACCUGUUGAGGCUUGGCCACCCUGCGGUACUGACGCUGGCCAGCAGGUGGUGACACCUCUCAGCUGUCUAGCGACCUUCUGUUGUACAGUACUUGUUGUUCCUCCAAAACGAGGUGCCUCACAGUUUAGGUCUAAAGUGGACCAGUAUGUAUUAUAUGCAGUAAGAUUCCCUGUGAUGUGAAAGUGUUCGGGGCUCAGUUUGCGUGAACUGUGAGGUGGUGGUGUAGUGUGUCCAUGUGUCAAAACAGCUGUGAUUGGAAGGUGUCAGUGACAGGGGUGGACAGAAUCUGCAGGGGGGCAUAUUUUCCUCAACUGGUUUUAGAUAAAUGGAAAAGCGUUUCAAAACUUUCCAGUUUUAUCCUCAGUUGAAGUCAAAAGUGAAGACAACCGUUAUAAAGGUAGUGAUAUAGGACAUUUCCCGUAGAUUACUCCUGGCCAUAGCAAUGUACAAGUUUACAGACCAGAGGUGUGGGGUAAGUUAGUUGUAGACAUAGAGGUGUGUGUCAUUGCGUAUUGUGGUUUAAGUUCUGAAUGUAAUAAGGAGGGAUAAUGAUGAUAUUUUAUACAGUUAUGGAACCCCUACCUCUAGGUUCUUGUGUAAUUCUGGAACGAUUGGAUAUGUAUAAGCAAUAUGGUGAAAAGCUACCACCAUAUUGCUUAUACCUAUCCAGUCCUUUGCAUCUCGACAAGUGCUCUUGGUUGAUUGGCAAGGGAUCCAAUUUGGAAUGAGGCCUUUGAGUGUGUGGCCUUUUGAACCUCCUCUAGUUCUUUCAUUCUAGUUUGAACUCCUGACCCCGGCGAUGGUCAUUGUAUGUUUAGCUCCUCCCUCAUCAACCAAUGAACCCGAGACAGGAUUAUUUCACUCAGAAUGGUGACCUUGGUUAUACUGAGGUAAGGUUGCUACCGGACAAGGUUUAUAAAUUCACUCUGCUGGAAUUCUGAAUAGUUAUCCCUGUGUUCUACACUUUGUGUUCUAGAACCCAUAAUUAAAAUGCUGUUUCUUUUCAUAUGGCCACUAUUUUUUCUACCUAAUAGAUUUACUUACAGCUCCACUCCGAACUACUUGACCCAGAGACUAAGAACUCGUUGUUUGACAUUAAUUGGAGUGCUCUGUUUUAAUUCUGGGAGAAUACACUUCAUUAAACACACGUGGCCUUUACAUUAGAUUUUGAUCAAAGUCUGUGUAAAUAACAUGCGGCUAAUGCUCAUCAGCAUGGAGCUCAGCUGGAAAUGUGUUUAUGGGGAUAGAUGGGAGGUUGUGGUGUUAAAACAGCCAUAUUAUUUAUACAACUAGAUCCAUUUAGUUUGACCCUACAAGACUCCAUCAACUGUUCCCACCAUUAUACCUGAAUCCACAAUAGUGACUCCUGUCAAAACGGAAGAAGAUUCGGAUCAUUCUUGUCAUAUUUUAGGGGGGUUGAUUUGACUAACCCACACCCAUGUGUCUUCUGCAUGUACAGUGCAGAUGUAUUUGUACUCUGCUUAUUGCAAGCUUUGACCUAUAAUUUUUUUCAAUGUCAUGUUUUACAAAGUGUACUGUGUAAUAUAUAUAUAUAUAUAUAUAUAUAUAUUGAUAAUGUAAAAAAAAAAAGUUAAAAAAAGGUGUCAGCCUAUCUAUUUUUCUUGUCUGAUUUUAAUUUUUCCUGUUCCUAUUUUGUGAAUGAAGUACAUGCCUCUAUAAACUAUUAACGUGAAAAAAAUAACAAUAAAUGUUUUUUAAAACCUG